AUGUCGGGCAGAAUCAGGUCAUUGUUCCAGGGGUUUCGUUCUGUCGACGUAAAAGAAAAGUAUAGUAGUCCCCCUGCGACAGGGUUUUCAAGCGGCAACGGCUCCAAGCAUGACUCUUCAGUCAUUAGACAACUUCCUCCCACUCCUCCAGAAGAAAACGACCACAGUCAACUAAAAGCCUUCGAUCUCCAACCACAACACAUCAACCAGAAGAACAUACCUAUCCGCUCCUUUAGUAGCACCGAAAGAAACGAAUCAAACACAAACAUGUCUGACGCUCGUGAAAUUGAGGUCAAUGGCCUACACUACACCCUUUCCAACGCUCUGAGUCUCUCAGCAUCCCCAAAUUCAACUUUCCACUCUCCCUCUGGAUCUUACAUGUCCCGUAUGACCUCUCGUCCCUCAGCAAAGCAAUUGAAACCUUUCAACACCCAAGACAUCAAGAUCCUCCUCCUCGAGAACGUCAACGUUGCUGCUAGGGAGAUUCUUGAGUCUCAAGGCUAUCAGGUCGAGUUCCACAAGGCUUCGUUGCCUGAGGACGAGCUCAUUGAGAAGAUCCGUGAUGUUCACGUAAUUGGUAUUCGCUCAAAAACCAAGCUCUCGGAGAAGGUCUUGCGGGAGGCAAAGAACCUUCUUGUCAUUGGAUGCUUCUGCAUUGGGACCAACCAGGUCGAUCUCGAGUUUGCUGCAAAGCAUGGAGUUACUGUUUUCAACUCUCCCUUUAGUAACUCUAGAAGUGUCGCCGAGCUCGUCAUCGCCGAAAUCAUUGUUUUGGCCAGACAGCUAGGAGACCGCUCUAAUGAGAUGCACAAUGGUACCUGGAACAAGGUCAGCAACAAGUGCUGGGAAAUUCGUGGAAAAACUCUCGGUAUAAUCGGGUACGGCCAUAUUGGAUCUCAGCUCUCAGUCCUGAGCGAGGCUAUGGGAAUGAAGGUUAUCUACUACGAUGUUGUCCCUCUCAUGGCCCUCGGAUCAGCCAAGCAAGUCCCUACUCUUAAGGACCUUCUCAAACAGGCCGAUUUUGUCACCCUCCAUGUCCCGGAGCUCCCGGAAACCAAGAACUUGAUCGGCGCCGAACAGCUGUCAUACAUGAAGAACGGAAGCUACCUAAUCAAUGCCAGCCGUGGUAGUGUUGUUGACAUUCCCGCUUUGGUUGAGGCUAUGCGUUCUGGACACAUCGCUGGUGCCGCUCUUGAUGUCUACCCUUCAGAGCCAGCAGCAAACGGAGACUACUUUAACUCAACCCUUAACACUUGGGGUGACGACUUGAGAUCACUCAAGAACCUUAUUCUUUCUCCCCACAUUGGUGGUUCAACCGAGGAGGCCCAGAGUGCAAUUGGUGUUGAGGUUGGUGAGGCAUUGGUCCGCUACAUCAACGAUGGAAGCACAAUUGGAGCUGUAAACAUGCCUGAAGUCAGCUUGCGUGGGCUCACUCUGGCCGAGGAGAACCAUGUUCGUGUUAUCUUCAUCCACAGCAACAGGCCCGGUGUUUUGCGACAAGUCAAUUCGAUUCUCGGAGACCACAACGUGGAUAAACAGAUGUCUGACAGUCGUGGUGAUGUUGCGUACUUGAUGGCUGAUAUCAGUGACGUCAACGCUGGUGACAUCAAGAGCUUAUACGAGAACUUAGAGAGCUUGAGCUCUAAAAUAAUGACCAGAGUGCUUUAUUAG